AUGGCGGAAAGCGCCUCCAAAACCCUAAAAAAAAUCCCCGCCGCCACCGGACGUGUCCGGUCGCCGCCGGACGGAUCCCGCCGCCGCCCGCAGCCACUCCGCGCCUGCCACGUGGCGUCCGCGCCGCCGGCGGCCCGCGCCGGGCCGUACGCCGCCCCGCGGCCCGCGCGCGCCACCCCGCCGCGCGCCUCGCCUCCACCCUCCUGCGCCGGCACCGCCGUGCCCCGCCGCCGCCGCCUCGCCGCCGUGCUCCACCAGCCCUGCCGCUCGCCGCCGUCUGCCGGUGCCGCCGCCUCGGUGCCCCGUCGCCGCCUCCCCGACCGCCGGUGCCCGAGCCCCGGCUUCCUCUCCGUCCCCUCCGGCCGGACUCCUCCACCUCCUCCCGUCGCAACUCCGGCCGCCGGCAGCAACUCCGGCGAGAGCCACGACGAACCAUAG